AUGGGCUCCAAAGCCAAGGCCAUUGCCGGUCUCCUGGCAGCCACCUGUGUCUGCAGCGUCAUCGCCCUCAUUCUGAGCGUGGUGAAUGUGAAGGAUGUGCUUCUGCCCCCCAGCACCAAGCAUGGCCUGGUGUUUGACGCUGGCUCCACACACACGUCCCUCUACAUCUACCGGUGGCGCGCGGACAAGGAGAACGGCACGGGCAUCGUGUCCCAGGUGGAGGCCUGCUCUGUGUCCGGACACGGCAUCUCCAGCUACGCAGACAACCCCGCGGGGGCUGGCGCCAGCCUGAAGCCUUGCCUGGACAGGGCCAUGAAGAUCGUCCCGGCCGAGCAGCAGCGGGAGACCCCCGCGUACCUGGGGGCCACGGCCGGCAUGCGGCUGCUGAGGGAGGAGAACAGCAGCAAGGCCGAGCAGGUCUUGGCCGAGGUGUCCAAGGCCAUUGGGGAGUACCCUGUGGAUUUCCGCGGAGCCCGGAUCCUGACGGGCAGCGAGGAGGGCUCCUUUGGCUGGGUCACUGUCAACUACCUGCUGGAGACACUGGUCAAGUUCUCGUUUGCAGAGAAAUGGGAGCAUCCCCAGGACAGCGAGGUUCUGGGAGCUCUGGACCUCGGCGGUGCCUCGACGCAGAUCACCUUCCAGCCCGGGGUCCCCGUGGAGGACAGGAACACGUCCGUGUUCUUCCGGCUCUACGGCACCAACUACUCCCUGUACAGCCACAGCUACCUGUGCUACGGGCAGAGCCAGGCCCUGAAGAUGCUGCUGGCAGCUCUGCACCAGGCGAGCUCGAGUAGCCAGAUCAAGCACCCCUGCUACCCCCAGGGGUACCAGGAGAACAUCACCGUGGCAGAGCUCUACGACAGCCCCUGUGUGCGUGCGCCCAGCUCAGCCAGCCCUGGCCUUGUCCUCACGGUGACGGGGACAGGGGACCCAGCCGCGUGUGACACGGCCGUGCGGAGACUCUUCAACUUCAGCUGCGGGGCGCAGGGGCCGUGCGGCUUCAAUGGGGUCUAUCAGCCCCCCGUGCGGGGACAGUUCUUGGCCUUUGCUGGGUUCUACUACACCUUCAGCUUCCUAAACCUGACCCGCCAGCAGUCUCUGCGUGAAGUCAACACCACAGUCCAUUCUUUCUGCCGGAGGAACUGGACAGAGCUGGUGCAGAGCUUCCCAAAGGAUUUGAAGUACCUGCACACCUACUGCUCCGCGGCCUUUUACAUCCUGACGCUGCUGCUCGAUGGCUACAAGUUCAAUGAGCACACCUGGAGCAACAUCCACUUCAGCAGGCAGGCAGCAAACACAGACAUCGGGUGGACACUGGGCUUCAUGCUGAACUUGACCAACAUGAUCCCUGCUGAGGCUCUGCAGCAGGUCAAGGGCCACCAGCCCGGCCUGUGGGCAGGGGCCGUCUCCUUCCUCGUGCUGGCCAUCGUGGCAGGCCUGGUGGCUGCUUUCCUGCACUGCUUCUGGAAAACAAAGUAGCUCCCA